AAACGUAAACAAGAGAAAAUAUUCUGAAAUAGGAAAGAAAAUUCGUGAAAAUGUCGAUUAACACAGCACAUGCCUUAGGAGGUGUCUUGAUUUUUGCUGGAGAAAGGAUUCUGUUAUAUUGUGAUGAUGUGGAAAUAGGAUUUGAUGGAGGUAAUCAACCAGAGUUCAAAGGUCACAAGAAGGGUCGGUUGUACCUCACUACCCACAGGGUGAUUUUUAAUGCAUCUAGCAGUAAGGAAGUGUUACAGUCAUUUAGUAUGCCCUUCUACUGCAUGCGGGAAAUAGAGCUCGAACAACCUGUGUUUGGUUCAAACUACAUCAAGGGGAAGAUAUUGUCUGAGCAAGGAGGGAAAUGGCAGGGUGUCGUGAAGAUCAAGAUGUGGUUCACGGCAGGAGGAGCUAUCGAGUUCGGACAAGCUAUGUUACGAGCUGGACAGCUUGCAUCCAGGUACCAGACACAACAACCUCCUCCUUACACCCCUCCACAGGGUCCAGUUUACCAGGCCCCACCCCCCAUGUACACCCCACAGUACGGAAAUUAUAACUGGGUUCCAUUUGGUACAUUCCCUUCAGCUCCCCCAGCUGAGCAGGUGUAUAUGACAGAAUCUCCACCCCCUUAUCCUGGUAUUGAACCUACAGCUCCACCCCCAGCUACAAAUGGGUACCCUCAGCAAUCAAGUGCAGAUGCCAAGGCCCAGGAAGCUGCUGGAUCUGCGUACUAUAAUCCCUCAGCGCCCCACAAUGUCUACAUGCCCCAGCAACAGCAGUAUGGAGGUUAUGGCGCCCCGCCAUCCUACUCAGAUGUAGUCAACAAGAAAAACCAAUAAAACAAGUGAUACUAAAAAUAACUGACACUAAAAAUAAAUUUGAUAUUUAAUUGAACUUUAACUAUCUGUAUUUUUAAUGUGUAUUUAAAACAAGUUUACAUUUUUAUCAUUGGACAGUUUCCUGAAAAAGAAAAGAAUGACUCUAUUUAUGCACUUACUAGUGGAUUAUAAAAAGUAUUUACAUGUAUUAAUGAUAAUGCUUUAUAAGUACAACAUAAGUGCACUGAAAUUGCAAGUUACUGUUCACAAAUAAGAAUCAAUUGUAUUAUAACUGUAAUACAUUAUCACUGGCAAAAAUAUAUAUACAUUGUUUCAUGUACUUUUUGUUAUAUUUAUGAUGGAGGUGUUUAAUGUGUUAAUAGUGACCCUUUAUUUUGUUAAAGUGCAGAGAUAUUACGUAUGCAUGUAGUAAUGAUGUGUUAUAUCAGUCCUGGCUAUUGAGAUUCUUUUUCAGGUGUUGGCCAUCGUUGCUCAGUGUAACAUGUUGCUGUUAUUUUCAUUUAUAUCCAUUCUCAGAAUACUGUGUCUGUGCAUUUGACUAUGGGUCCACUUUUCUUUUCCUGAAGUACAUUUUCUUUAAAUAAAGAAAAAUUGUUGUUUAAAAAAAGAAGUUUUCAGUAAAUGUUAUUUGUUGAAUUAAUAUUAGGAAUCAUUAAAGUCUGAGUAUGAGGAUUAAUAUACUUUUGUUUUUAUGGCAGUAAUUACUCUAGUACCUGGUACACUGUAUAUACAGUUAGGCAAAUUAAUAGUUGUUAUAGCUCUGUUGUUUUCAAUAAAAUCAGUGACCAUGUA